ACUGUAGCUAGUUAUCCUCAAUAUGAAGAAGGGGGCCACUAGCAGUUUCUGUCUGUUUCUCUUUAUUCUCUUCUCAACAUAUGAAGCUAAAAGACUGGAUCAUCACGUGAGCCAUUAUGAUACGGUUAAGUAUGACUCCAGAGACCUACUGAGACAGCAUUACAAGCUAAGGAGAGGUAAUGUGGGCGGACCUGGACAACACAUCAAACUCGCAUUCUCCUCUCAUGGACGGGAUUUCGAUCUUAGACUGCACCCAGAAGACUCUCGUUACCUUCACAAAGACUUCCAGUUAGUUGUUGAUGGUUCCUUGCAGUCGAGGAGCGAGCUCCUUUCAUAUUCCUAUGUUGGAUAUGAUGCUAAUGAUCCAGAGGAGACUACUGUCCAUGGUAAUCUUGCUUUUGGACUGUUUGAUGGUGCAAUACACACAAAAGAUGAAAUAUACCACAUAGAGCCAGCAGAGAGGUAUAUUAACAGCAGCAAUGAUGAGGGACACCACUCCAUUGCAUACAAGCAUUCAGAUGUUAACUUGAGUGGAGGACAGGGCCACCAUGGUAGAGGUACCUGUGGGGCAAGUGAUGAGAGAAAGAGAAGGUUUCUAGCAAGACUACAAACCUAUUCUACUCCUCAUGCAGGAGGGAGCAGACAAAAGAGACAGAAUAAUCGUGACAGUAAUAAAGUCAGUUGCUGGAUCAACGUAGUAGCUGACCACUUCUUUUAUGAAGGACUGACUAAAAGUAAUGCAGACAGGUCAACAAGAGUAGCUCAAGCUUCUUCUCUUAUACGUAAUUAUGUAGCAGGGACCAGUAAUAUUUUUAGGGGAGAAGAUUUUGAUAAAAAUGGAACUCCUGAUAAUAUAAAUUUUGCUAUUCAAAAGAUUACCAUUAAUACAAGCUCUCCUACUGGUAACUCAAACUUUGCUAAUCGCUACCUUGGGGUCGAAACCCUCCUUAACGAGUUCUCUAAAGCCGAUUGGAGUGAUUUCUGUCUCUCUUACGUUUUCACCAAUCGGGAUUUUGAAGGUGGAGUCCUUGGUCUUGCUUUUGUUGCUAAUCCGUCACGAAAUGGUGGGAUUUGUGAGGACAUGUAUGGUGGUAAGACAUUGAACACAGGUGUGGUGACAAUGGUCAAUUACAACCAGAGGGUCAGUAACGCUGCAGCUACUCUCACCUUUGCUCAUGAAGCUGGGCAUAACUUUGGUUCCGAACAUGACAUGGGAUCCUGUAACCCGUCAGAUAAUCCUUACAUAAUGACAGCUUUUGCUAAUGAUGGUACUAAAUCAAAUAAUGACAACUUCUCUCCUUGCAGUAUUGAUGCAAUGAAGGUUAUUAUAGCAUCAAAAGGACAGGAUAGACGGAAUGGUUGCUUCAGAGAAAGCACUGAUACUUGUGGUAACUAUCUAUUGGAGGAAGGAGAGGACUGCGACUGUGGUGUUGAUCAUACUAAUGGUAUAUGUGACAAUGAUCCUUGCUGUAAUGCCACUUCAUGUAAGGUAGUGAAUGGAAGAGAGUGUUCACCUCAAUCCAGUAGUUGCUGUUACUCCAACUGCAGUAUAAUACCAGUGGACUCCAAUCAUGUAUGCAGUGAUGAGACAGAAUGUGCUUUUCAGCAGAUGUGCAAUGGAUCAGUCCAGUGUCCUACACCAGUAGCCAAAAUGAAUGCUAAUGGUAGCAUAUCCUGCAACAAUGGAGCUAACUAUUGUGUCAAUGGACAGUGUACUGGCUCAAUAUGUGUCCCAUUGCGAUUAUCAGACUGUGAGUGUUUCUCUGAUGGAGAAGCAUGUCAUGUUUGUUGUUCAGUUGAAGGUACUUGUACGUCCACUUUUACUCUAGCAAGUGAGAAUGAUACAGCAAGAGAUCUCCUGCCCAGUGGUGAAGGAAAGCUGGUGGGGGUGGGGUAUCCUUGCAAGAACUUUACUGGAUAUUGUGAUUUCUAUGAAAGAUGUCGUCAAGUCCAAAAGAGUGGAGCACUAGCUAGGAUAACUGGUUUCUUUACUGGUGAUGAUGUCCUUGUAGCAUUUGACUGGAUCAGAGAGUACUGGUGGGCAGGCGUGGUUGGGUCUGUAGUUAUACUAGUGGUCCUGUUCCUUAUAGUACUGGGGUGUCACUACUUGUUGCCACGUCCUGAGCACAUGAAGAAAAGGGCCCUGAGGAGGAAGACAAUAUCACAUGCUCGACGUCCAAAUCUAAGGAGACCAAGACACAGGUCCAGUCCUCACACUCACAGUGGGUGGAUUGAUGAACCAAGUACUCACGUUAGUCAAAUGUAAGGACACCACUGAUACUCAUA